CUCUGGCUGUUUUCACAUUCAAUCAAAUGGCAACGCUGAGCAGCGGCUCGUCUCGGCGUUUAGUCCAGUAUGUCAUCGUCCGAUCAGACCUUAUUCACACUUUGUCGUGGCCUUUAGGGGCGGUUAUUACUCAAGCCUGUCACGCGGCCACUGCUGCUAUACAUUUACACUACAGUGACUCUGAUACUCAGGAGUAUCUGGCAGAACUGGACAGCAUGCACAAAGUAGUGCUGCAGGCACCAGAUGAGGCAUCUCUCUCCGCUCUUGCCAGUAGUCUACUAGAAAAAGACAUUGCACAUAAGCUAUGGAUGGAGCAGCCAGAGAAUAUCCCCACAUGUCUGGCAUUGAAGCCUUACCCUAAAGAUGCCGUGCAGCCAUUUCUAAAAAAGUUCAAGCUUUUCAAAUGAAUUCUGUAUGAAUUGUACUAUAUAAAAACAAAGAUUGUUCAGAAUGGGAUGUGGCUAAAUUAACCUGCUGGAACAGGUUUUCAUCCAUAUAUUGUUUCGACUCUUAAAAGAGCGGGUUCAUUUUAGUGAAUUACAUUUAUGAAUCAGUUUUACAAUUAAUCUUACUUAUAUCAUUAAUGUCAGACUCAAUUAACCAAGAACGAAUGUUGGGUUAUGUUGUUCUAAAUAUUAAUGAUAACUAUCUGACUGGAUGUUCAUAUGGCAAAGUAUUGUUAAAAAAAAUACACAUUCAGUUUCUUGUACUGCAUCAAAAUAAUAAUUAAU